AUGUGGAACAAAUUAGUAGUAACCUAUGAAGGUACUACCGACAUGAAAGAUUCUCGAAUGGACACAUUGAUCCAAGAAUACGAGAACUUUAAACUCCAAGAUGGAGAAAAUAUCAUCGAUAUGGAAACUAGAUUUACUCGAAUAAUCGAUGAACUAUCUCAACUCGGAAAGAACUAUACACAAAAUGAAAAGAAUCGUAGAGUUCUUAAAUCUCUACCUCCGAGUUGGAAAGUGAAAGUCACUACUAUUAAAGAGAUGCAUAAUCUCAAUGACUAUCACAUUGAUAAUUUAUUCGGAAACCUUCGUUCUUACGAAGAAGAUAAUAUUCCGGAUGUUGUCAUUCCUAAAGUGGAAGACAAGAAGAAAAAUAUGGCACUAAAAGCUAUAUUAAUCGACGAAGAUGAAAAUGAUGAAGAAUUAAAUGAAGAACUUCAAAAUCUCGAUGAAAGUGAAAUCGCUCUACUCACGAGACAACUUCGUCGUGUGCUUCAAAGCAAAGCACAAAGGUAUGGAAAAGGCUUCCUAAAAUCGAAUAAUCAACAAAGAGUAUUUAACUCCAAUGGAAGGCCUAAUUACUCUCAAAAUUAUUCUCCAAACUACAAGAGUAAUUUUCCUACCAACUCGGGCUAUAACAAAGGCAAAACCAAUCAAAGCCCAAAUGGUUAUAAUACCAAUAAUUACACUCCUUCAAAACAAAAAGAACAAACUCCGGAGGAAACACAAGAAGUGUGUUUCGAGUGUAAACAACCGGGUCACUAUAAACGAGAAUGUCCUAAACGUUCGAAAGGAAGAAUUCUCGUGGCCAAAAACGGUUGGGAUUUAAGUGAAGAUGAGGAACCUCCCGAAACAAGUGAAGAAGUGGUUAAUCUAUGUUUGAUGGAAAUUGAAGAUGCUUCUACAUCAACGGAUCCUUCCACUACUAACCAAGAGGUAAGUAUUUCUUUACCAACUUUAGUUGAUAUUCCUCCUCUUAAACUCUCUAAUUUAAAUUUGUCAAAAAUGGAAAAGGAUGAAUUGAUCAAGGUGCUAGUUGAAAUGAAUACUCGAUAUGAUUAUCUUGAUCAAUUAUUUUUAUCUACUUGGUCCGAGAAAGAAAAACUUGAAGAUCUAUAUCAAACUCAACAAAAAGAGUUUUCUCGGAUAAAGGAAUCAAAAAUUAAACUUGAAGAAGAAAUGGUAUCUCUUCAAGAUUCCUUUAAUCUUGAUAACAACAAGACCAAGAAUGAAAUUACAAAGUUGGAAAUUGAAAAUAUUUCCUUGUUAUUGAAAUCUAAAGAAUGGAAGAUGAGAAGCUUAAAUUAA